UAAUCCACUAAUUUGAAGGGGUGUCCACAUACUUUUGAAUAUGUAGUUUAUCUAUCUCAAAUUCCUGGUACUGUAUAUAGUUUAAUUCCUCUUUGUAUUUAUAUAUAUAUUUUCAACUGCAUCGUUGGGAAGGGCUCGUAAUCAAACAGUAAAGUCUACAUCCAUUCCGCGCAUAUGACCGAUAAAAUGUGAUUUGAACAUCUCUCUCUCCUUCCUUCCCUCAGGUAUGUCUAAGUGGGAGGCAUAUGUUGGUCCUGGUUCACAGAGUCUCCGUGUCUAUCUCACUUCCACUAUCCCAGCAUCCUUUGCUGCUCAACUCUGUGUAUGGCAGGACAAGGGAUGUGUGUCCAGAGGAGCUAUCUACUUAGUAAACAUGGUAAGGGUGGGGGCACCAGAGAGACACAGAUGAACCUGCCCUUAUCCUUCCUAACUGAGGGACUAUGUGUGCAGGUGUGGCGGUCAGAUCCUCCACAGUAUGGGAGGAGAAUACUCUGUCCUGACUAUUCCCACAGGAGAUGGGGUCUCUAUGCUGUUGCAGCCUUGACACUUCUGGUUACUGUGGCAAUGCUGGGACGCCUCAUCCACUAUGUGACCAAGAAUGGAGUCACAGGUUGGCUGUUCAUCCAGAGGCCUGUGUUGUUGGUGUGUUCCUCAGAGCUGUCAACCCAUGUGUCUCCCGUGUGUGCUUUGGCCUCCAUUCUACAGGGAGAGCUGUGUGCUGACGUGCGCAUGGCUCUGUGGGCCCAGAUCUCCAAUGGGGAUGGUCCUUGGGAUAUGGAGAGGUCUGGGGCUGGUGUGGCUGAGCUGGGCCCUGUGCCCUGGAUGUAUGGACAGUGGGAGGCAGUCAGAGAGGCAGGAGGCCGGGUGCUGAUCAUAUGGAGCCCAGAGGCUAAGGAGUCCUACAAGAGCUGGAGAGAAGAGCGAGAUGGGAAAAAGAUAGGAGGGAGUAAAGGAGAGGAGAUGCGACAAGGGGAGAGUGGAGGAGAGGAGCUGAAAGGACUUGAGUUAACAAGAAAUAAACAGGAGCAAGCAGGAAUGGAGAAAGAAGUGGAAUGGAAAGAGGAAGGUAGGAGCGGAGAGGAGGAGAGGAAGCCCUGCUCAGUGACGGGGCCGGUGUUCAGGGCUGCCCUGUCCUGUCUGCAGGGGGCACUACAGGGGACAGGCAAGAGCCACGGCUUUGCCCUUGUCUACUUCCAGGACCUCUGUCACAGCCGAGACAUCCCCAAAAACCUCAGAGGUGUCCCGCGCUACUGCCUGCCUCGGGAUUUUGGGGGCCUGAUACGAGAGCUGGGCGGGAUGGCUAGAGGAAGGAACAAUGUGAUUGGCAGCUGGCACUGCUGGCUCAGACUCCUCUCCAAAACAUUGUCGCUUUGGUUGGCACGACGACUAACUCACAAGGUGAGUUGCUACGGACGCACCCACAGGAAGAAGAGGGUCCAAAACCGAAAUGAUGUCAGGAGAGGACAGAAAGUGAUGUCAGGAGAGGACACUUUAAAGUCAGGCAAUGUGUCUGGCCACUGUCAACCAAUUAAGAGAGGACAGAGCCAAGCACUUUGCAGGAGGAGUCACAUCAGCGGGCCACCGUUUGGUGAUGAGUCUGGGCAUCUCAGGUUUGACCUUAAUUAG